GAGCUGAAGAAGCCACGAGCCCGGGAGCGCAUCCUGGGCAGGUUCCUAGGAUCUCUGGAGGACGAGCUGCGCCAGGAGAUUCGAGUGAAGGUUUUCGACCGUUUCUUCGAGUUGGCACCUGGCGGCGAAGAGCACUUCAAGCAGUCUGCCACGAGAUUGAAUUUCAUUGCAGACAAAGCCAUUGAGCUUACCCUUGAGCUGUACAAGGAGCCUAUACGCACAGUGGACACAAUCUCUGCCUUGGGCCUGCGGCACGUUGGCUAUGGGAUCGCGACGGACUUCUUCGAGCCUUUUGUUGAAGGCUGGACGCAGGUCUUCCAGGAGUUGACAGGCGAUGAUGACUUGGCAGAUGCCUUCCGGUGGUCCUUCAGCCUAGUGGCGAAGCUGCUGGUAAGGACAAUUGAGCAGGGCGCCACGCUUGUGAUGAAGGCCAUCAACACGAACAGUGCAAAGCAGGUUAGGCGCGCCCUAUCCUACGCUCCACGAUCGAACAGGGCCAUGUGGUCCCUGGACGUUACUGUUGGCACGCAAUCCGUGUCGCCGUUGUACAUGUCCAUAGACACAGGCAACCUUGAGGCUGCCAAGGUGAUGCUUCAGGAUCUCGUGACAAUCCGCGCAGAUCGCUCUCGGUACUACUACGGCUUGGACGACUUGUUCAAGUGGCAUCCAGACAUUGUCAAGAAGCUAACGACCGAUGCGCCGGAGCUUCUCAAAACGAUGCUGGAUGGUAUGAUCUGGAGGUCCCGCGUGGUGGUGCAUGGCAACAGGCGUGUGAACUACUACUUGAAGCACCUCCUAGUAGACGAACACGGCAAGUUCUCGAGUGCGAUGAGUUGUAUCGUCAAGCUGAAAGACCCGGAAGUCGCGGAUCAUCCCAUCCUCGUGGAGCUGGGCGAUCGCGUUUGGAAUGACCUCGUGUACUGGCGCUUUCUCCGAGGGAAGUUGUCGUUAGUCGGCACGGCUGUGAUCUUCAUGAUCAGCCAGUCAGUGCUGCAAUACCUUGACACCGCAGGCUCGCUUGAAGAGAGGGUUGCCACUUUCUCUUGCAGGUUGAUCGUGUACCUGUACUACAUGGUGUCGCUGGUCUACUUCAGGACGAAGCAUGUCUACCAGGCUGUGAAGCGCGGUGAAAUCUUCCUCUUUGGUGGCAUGCGAAUCCCAAGGAAGUGGAUUGAUGACUGGCAGGAGGGAGUCAGCCUUGCCUUGAUGCUAGCGCUGAUCGUGAUGUUCUUUCUGGAGCCAAUCUUGGCGUGCCUUCAGCAUUCAGGGGACCUGGGGAUCUUCACGCAGCGCUGCCCACAGGCAAAUGACACUCGGGAGCCCUACGAGAUCCUGUCCAUGAUCGCCAUAAUGCUGAUCUUCACUCUAGCGGCAGAUGCUGCCACGGUCUCCACCAGGCUCAGCUCCUGGCUGCUAGUGGCCGGCCAUGUGCUGCCAGACCUGGGCCUAGCACUGCUCGCCUGUGGCUUUCUGGUGUUGACCUUUGGCAGCAGCGUAGCUGCAUCCUUCGGAAACCCCCAGGAUUUCCAGGGCAUAGGGAACUCGCUGAUGAGCUUCCUGCAGUUGGCUGCCAACAUGUUCCCAGCCACACACUUCGAGCAGCUGGAGGACAGUGCGAUGCUUUUUGCAGCGGCGAGCUGCUUCCGAGUCUUGGUCAUGUUCCUGCUAAUGAAUGCCCUUAUCGCACAGCUCACGUGUUGCUACAAGCAGAUAUCUGUCAGUAUGGUGGGCUACGCACGACUGCGACGGAUGCAAAAGGUUUGUGAGGCCAUGCAAGGAAUUUCCUCAGCAACAUUCCAGCGAUUCAUCCAGAACCUACGGCUGGAUGAUCCUGUGGAAUUUGGGGAGGGCGAUGUGGGUCCAGCAGGGGGCAUCCAGGUCCUGGAGCCCGGAAAUCUGCAUCCCACAAAUGUCGACAGCAUCCGCCGAAUGGGCGGUAAUCCGAAGAAUCCUUUUCCGCCGGAGGAUGAGGAGUUGACAGAGGCUGAGAGGUGCCAACGGCUCUUCAAGAUGUACCAGAAGACUGUCAAGAGGAUCACCACAGCUUCCCACAAGUCGGACGACGACAAGCCCUCGGCUCCCAAGGCCAUCACCAGCAGAACAACCUUCGGCAUGACGCCGGAGGAGGACUCCUCAGAAGAGGACGAAGAGCCUGAGCAGCCGAAGGCCGCCGGAUACCAAAGCCCGUCCUGGUUACGCUCCAAUACUGAGGAGCGAGUCUCGCAGAGCAAGCCCAAGAAGAACAAGAGCAUGGAGCCCACAGUUUUGCUGAUAAAGUUGGAGAUUGAGGAGACGGGGUCAGACCUGCGCAUACUGCGAGCUGUCCAAGCCAUUCCGGAAGAUGAGAUCGAAAUGUUCUUCAGGGACUGUGGCUUCAGGGAGGAUAUCGUCUCGCAGAUUGCGGAGUUGCUGGAGGUAGGACGUCCGCAAAUCGAAGAGUUGUCUUCCAGCAUCCUCAGGAGAACAUGGUGCCUGGUUCUUCAAAUGCUGACAUGUUGUGCGGUGGGGGUGAUCCUCGCCGCAGCGGGCUUCUUCGCUGUCUCCCUUGGCUACAGCGAAGGGAGCUGCCAAUUCUCUGACUUCACGAAUGGGACAUGCCAGCAGGGCAAUGUAUGCCAACUGCAGAUUGCCGCGUGGCACAGUGAAGGCAUCGCAUACUACAAUGCGUUUUCGCCUCCAGUUGCAUCAUCGGAGUCUGCUGGCCUCAAAGCUUUCGAUACGAAUGGCGCGUUCCGGUGUUGCAACUUUGCGCAGCAGGCAGCUCUCUGGAAUUCCAUCCCCAAGGAUGGUUCCGAAGGAAUGGGAGCACUUGGAGUUGGCUACGGGUCAGGCACCCCGUGCUGCGACUUCUACAACGCUAGGACCAAGGUCUUUUGCGACAACUUCGGUACCAUCCAGCAGUUUUCCCACUGCCCGGCGGCGCCUUGGGCCUGCCGCCUGAAGCUUGGGGUGGAUGACAACGGAAACAGCGUGGUGGAUGAACUCCGGGUCUGGGAGGAGCCAUUGUAUCUGUUGUUGCUGGCUGUUGCUGGCGGUUUUCUUGGAUUGGCAUUGAUGAUCGCUGGCUGCGGUAUAGCUUGCAAACACUCUGAGCGGCUUCAGGCUUUCGGCCUGUUUUUCUGGCGAUGCGGCAAGUAUGUGCUGCACAAGGUGGGCUGUGGUCGGCGCUGCAAGUGGUGCUGCGGGGCCAUCUGCGGAAGGUGCAGGAGGUACUUUCGAGUGGGGCCCACUAGAGAGGAAAGAGUCAAAGAAAGACAAGAGGCUAGAGAGGAGCAGGCACGGAUGAAGCAAGCUGCAUUUGUGAACAACUUGCGCCGGACGCAAACCUUGGGGGAGUUGGACCUGACGCGAAACAGCUGGAAGAACUCCUUGGGUCGCUGGAGCAUGAUGUCAGAGACUGUGCCCAAAGUCGAGCUCAGACCUCAACCAAGCCCUGCAAGGGCUCGCCCGAGGCCCAAGCGCAAGGUCAAGAAGACCCGCGUGGAGCGCCUGAAGCCGCAGGAGGUUGAGGAGGAUGAAGCAGGUGGCUUGCGUACAAGCAGCAGCAAUGCCGGGGACACCAGCGAGUCCGAGAACUCCAAGGUUCAAGCAUCGGAGGAUGAUGCAGAUCAGAUCAGACCCUGGAGUAUCGAAGAUGUUGGGGACCUCGAGGAGUUCGGAGAUGCUCGAGCGCUGUUUGCGCCCUUCAUGCCCUGUGAUGACGUUCAGCUUCGCAAGAUUUAUCUACGCCUAGCCCUGAAGUACCAUCCGGACAAGUGGCCGAAGGCACAGUGCGACGAAGCCACAGCGCUGUUUCAGGCAAUCGCUGCGGUCUACGAGGAUUUGCUGAAGCCGUUUGGCGGGAAAUUUCCCAAGCGGAUAAAGACGGCCGUAGCUGCGGCUGCUGAGCUUGGAGACACCCAGGAGCUGGAGCGCUUGCUGCGAGAGUUACCGUCCAGAGCGAACGAGGAAGACUAUGUCGGGGUCUCGCCCCUAAUGUUUGCGGCCAAAGGCGGCUGCAUCGAAGCUGCGGAACUACUACUCAGUUACAAAGCGGAUGUGAACUUCGAGACCCCAUUCGGCUGGUCAGUGCUUGUUUAUGCAGCGCUUUCAAACCAGGGUCCGAUGGUCGAGUGGCUUGUGGCCAAAGGUGCCCACGUCACACCGCAUGAGCUGGAACUGGCGGCUUUUGGCGGUUAUGAAAAGGGUCUUGCUCCGCUUUUGCAGCUGUACCGCGGAAAGAUCGCAGAGGUAUGUACGGAGGUCUCAAGGCACUCCUUGCUGCAUCUUGUGUGCCUCGGCAUGCUGAAUUUGCCGAAGGUCAACCCCCAGAGAUAUUUGAUCUGUGUCGAUAUGCUCGUGGGCAGCGGCGCGGUCUUGGAAUUUCAAGACAAGCGUGGGCGGUCGCCUCUGCAGCUCGUUGCCGGCCAUCCCAACUGGGCAGAGCAUGGCUUCGAAAACUCUGCGCCGCAUCUCGAGCUCGUGGAGAGGCUCUGUGCCGCCAAGGCCAAUCCCGAGCGCUCCGACCAUCAAGGCAACAGAGCCUUGUCUCUGGCGCGAAUGCGGGGGCUUCAUCGAGUGGAAGAGCUUCUGCUCAAGUUCGGAGGCGACUCCUGCGGCGCCCAGCUCGCGACCAGCGACGAUGAACCUCCAGAGCAUGCUGAGGCCUAUCAUGACGCCCAUGCAGCAAAAGAGGCCAUGGCACGGACGGCACCACCGGCCAACUGGCGAAAGAAGGCAAAGGAAGCGACGAUAGACCGGGCCGAGUCCCUGGAGGCGCCUCAGAGAGCAAACGCACCAGGCACAAAGACACGCACGGCCUGGGCAAUUGAUGAGCAGCAGCCAACUGGACCGUUCAGACGGAGGUACUCGGAGCAGUGA